CUAAUUUCCAAUGGCUUCCACGAGUAUCAGAGCUGCGAAAAAUGCACUGCGUAAAGAAAUUAAAAAGAAAAUCGCAUGCCUGUCAGACGAGGAGAAAAAGAGGCAAUCUGAAAUAGUGACGAGAAAGCUUUUCCAAAUGCCUCAGUACCAGUCCAGCCAACGUGUCUCCGUGUUUCUUAACAUGCAUGAUGAAAUACACACUUUGCCAAUCGUGAAGAAUCUUUUAGAAAACAAUAAAAAGUGUUACAUCCCACGCUACAUUGGCACCACCAUGGACAUGGUAAGACUGCUGUCCCUCCAGGACUAUGAAGAUCUGCCAGUGACAUCGUGGAAGAUUAAACAGCCUGCAGAUGACGAGCAAAGGGAGGAUGCCAUCACUACUGGUGGAUUAGAUUUGAUCUUGGUCCCAGGCCUUAGCUUCACAAAAGAUGGAGAUCGCCUCGGGAGAGGCAAGGGCUACUAUGAUACCUACCUGUCUCGCUGUGAAAAAGACACAAACAAGAAACCAUACACUAUAGCUCUUGCCUACAAGGAACAGGUGCUUGAAAGUGUGCCAACAGAUGAACUGGAUUUUAGGAUAGAUACAGUGCUUUAUGAAGACAGUGCAGCAUGAAAGGCAUUACAAUUCACUAAGCUUUUUAUUUUCAGGGAGCAGGGUAAUUUAUCAAGCUUUUAAAUAUUUGAUAUGCAUAUAAUACUACCAAACAGAAUAUAUCACUUUUAGAUGUUUUUUAAAUGAUAUUCAAUUGAUUUCCAUGCACUAAGCUUUUAUUAACCAUAACUGUAAGUAAACUAUGAUAAUAAAGAUGAAUACAUUAUAAAUACAUUAGAUAUAUUAAAGGGAUAAUAACUCUUUGUUUCAGCCAAAAAAUGAAUUUUCCUGGAGUAAACAACAAUUUUCCCAUACUU